UCAUUUAUAUUCCUGAUCUUAUUUUCUUUUUUCCCCUUUAGAUCUAUUUCACGCUUUGCGCUUUCUCGCUGUACUCCUUCCUCUCUCUCUCUUCCAUUGAAGCGUACUCGAAAUUCUCCAUUGAAGCGGCUUCUGAGCUUUCUCUCCUCCAUUGAAGCAGUCUCUAAGGUAGCCUUGUUUUGAUAUGCAUGUAAGCUUCUGAAGAUUUGCCGUUAGAAUAAUCUAUGCCUGGAAACGAAGUUGGUGAUAGGGUCCACAAUUUCUUUGAUCAAGGUAACUUGUCACAGGACCAACAUCAUACACAACUUGUUGCGGCUAACUGGCCAGUGUAUAAUAAUAAUAACAAUAAUGUUUGGGGUGCUAAUGAGAGACAGACUGGCGGGCCCGUGAAUUCUGGUUCUGAGAAUUACAGUGCACAACAAUCAGACAUUGAGAGGGGGCAAGGGAAUCAGUUCUCACUGAGUUCACAUGGGUUGAACUUUACGCGGUCAAGUUUGAGACCUGACUUUGUCAAAACUCCAUCUCAGCUUCAGCAGCUUAAUUUGAAUGGAUUUAUGCAUGCUUCUCAAGUUGGCCAUACUAGGCAGAAUGAGGCAAACUUUAUGGGAGCGGAUACAGAACCUGAUCGACAUAAUUUAACGUCAAGGAGUCCGUCUGUUCCCGAUUCACAGCAGAGGAGUGGUUCACAUCAUUCAAAUUCAGCUGGCUUUGGAGGCUCAGAAUCACCAAUGAAUUUUAAUUUUCUAGGUGGUCAACAGCAAAUGAACGGUCAGCAACCAGGAAUGCUACAGUCCUUGUCUCGGCAACAGCCUGGACAUAAUGAUGCUCAGUUGCAGCAGCAAAUUAUGAUAAAACAAAUGCAAGAAAUGCAGAGGCAGCAACAGCUUCAACAACUAGAAGCACUACAAAGAAGUGGAUCGGGCCAUAUUUCCUCCUUCCCAAAUCAGACCACAGGACAACAUCAACCAGCUAUUAAUGGUAAUGCCAUGCGCGAUACGUCUAAUUAUCCAUGGUCAUCUCAAGUCAUGGCUGGCAACGCAAAUUGGCAGCAGCGUGGAUUGUCUUCGUCUGUGCAAGGAUAUUCUAAUGGAUUUAUGAUUACCCCAGAGCAAGGCCAAGCUAUGCAAUUAAUGGGCUUAAUUCCUCAACAUAAUUCACAGUCUUUCUAUGGGGUUCCGGUUUCUGGUUCGCGAAGUGGUAAUGCAUUCUCUCACAGCAACAUAGAUAAACCUGGACUACCUCAGGUUCCAGCUCCAAAUAGUUCUUUUUCUGGCAAUCAAUUUGGUUCACUUGCAGAGCAGGUGGGUGUGAAGGAUGGACCUUCAGUAUUCAGAUAUGGUUCUGAAGGAAAAAGCUCUUUUGAGCAGGCCUCUAGUCAACGAUUAGGGAAUGUGGCUAAUAUGGGAGGCUCUACUCAGGUACAGCAGAGGAAUGUGCCCAUGUCAGAAGGUGGUGGACAAGGUUUUCCUGGUGGUUCAGAGUUGUUGAUUGAAAAAUCUGUAACUCAUGCUUCUUCUUCACAGGGUGCGUCUACACAUUCUGCUGUUGCAUUAGAUCCGACCGAAGAAAAGAUUUUGUUUGGGAGUGAUGUUAAUAUCUGGGAAGCAUUUGGUGGGCCAUCAGUUACAGGUAGUGGAGAUGCCCCAGAUCUCCUCGGCGGUCUUCCUUCAAUGCAAAGUGGGACCUGGAGUGCUCUUAUGCAGUCUGCCGUGGCAGAAACCUCCAGUACUGACGUUGGGACGCAGGAAGAGUGGAGUGGCCUAGGCCCUCAAAAUCCCAGGUCACAGUCUGGCAACCAACACCCUACAGUUUUUCGCGGUGAUGAGAAAUCACAACCGGGUCCUCGACUUAGCAGCAGUGAUGUGAGCACCCAUAAUUUAAACACAAGUCGUAAUUAUGUUAACAAUUCUGGGCAACAGCAGCCAUUUCUAAAUCAGAAAAGAGAUUAUUUACAGACAGAAAGUCAAAUUGCACAGGAAGGAAGGAGGUGGUUGGACAGCAACCAGCAGAAGCCACAUGCUGAGGAGAAACAGGUGGUUGAAAAUUCUAAUUCUUCAAGAGACUGCUCCAGGUCAGAUACUGGCUUCUGGAGCCAUCAGCAAAAUACGUUUUUGCAUGACAACAAUGGCCAACAUUCCAGUAGACAAAGUCAUUCGAAUGUCAUUGGAUCUGUACCUAUAAAUGGUGGUAUAACUGCUACAAACCAGGGUAACUUGCUUGGUGAACAUCGUAACAUGCAAGUAUGCAUGGAUACAGGUCAGGGUGCUGCUAUGAGGCCUGAGUUUGUCUCAUAUUCUAUUGAUAAAACGGGGAAUUCACUUGUCAGUUCUAAAGAUGAUGCUGUUCCUCCUGGUCAGAACACUAUGAAGGUCAACCUUGAAUCCAACCAAAGGCUUCCUAAUAACCAUCAUCUUGAUUUAUGGAAAUCAGUCAAUCCUACUGGAAAGUCUGGAUUGGAGGUUUCAAGUAGGGACCAGCAUAAUUUGAACCAGGGACCCCCUAUAGUGGAAUCUUCAGAUAAUAGUGCUGAUGACGGAGCUGCUGAAAUGCACGAGACAGAAAAUAGUGAUAAAAGAGAGACUUCCAAUGAUAGCCACCGCAGCAAUUUUCUCCAUAAUGCGCCAGUUGGUGGUUCGAGAGAGAAUAUGUGGUCAGAUGCUUCUGAACGACGUAGUUUGCCUGGAGGCAAAGAAAAGUCGUCUGGUCAGGCUGGCAAAAGAAUGCCUGUAUCUAGGAAAUUUCAGUAUCAUCCCAUGGGUGAUGUGGAUAUGGAUUCAGAUUCUUCUUUUGCAGCAAAACAAAUUUUACAUUCACAGCCCAUGUCUCAGCAGCAUCUUUCAUCAGGAACCAAAGGUCAAGAAGCAAACCCAAGGUUUCAUGGUCCAUUGAGCACUAAAUUUACAGACAUGGAGGGUAGGGUAUCUAAUUUUCAUGGAACUGUUAACGUAUCGCGUGGAGUUUCGUCUGGUGCUCUUCACCCUGGCUACUUACCUAAUAUGUCUGCACCCUUUGUCAGAUCUGGUGAAAUUUCUUCACCAAACCAACAUAUGGUACCAAGUCAGAACAUGCUUGAGCUUCUUCAUAAGGUUGAUCAAUCCAAGGAGCAAAAUGUUACCUCCCAUCUCAGUUCUACUGAUUAUAAUAAGUUUUCUGAUGCAUCCGCUGGUGGACCUUCUGGUGGACCUGCUGGGCCUAGUCAAAGUCAGUUCUCCACAUCUCAUGGUUUUAGUUUGCAAUUAGCUCCUCCAUCUCAAGGAAUUACACCUUCAAAUAUUAAUGCUGCUGCUCAAACCUCUUCAAGAACGGUUGAUUCUCCCAGUUCAGGUCAUGUAGCUUCUGAAAAAGGAGAUAAAACACAUGCAUGGCUGCCUUCUGCUUCUUCUGCUCAAUGCUUACCAUCUUCACAACAGCAUACUCAAAUGGAAUCUGGGAAUGAAAUUGCUAGUUUUGGAAAUUCAGAUGCUGUUUCGGUGCCUAACUUGGUAGGGAAUCCUUCUGCUCCUUUGUCAACUGGUCCUCAUACAAAAAAUCCACUUCAGAGUCAGCACUUGGCUGCUCCUGGCGGAAAAAUUUUAAGUGAUCAAUCUCCUACCAUGUCUUUUAAUAGGCAUGCUUACCAUGAUACACAGUUAAACGAUUCUCAACUUCACGUUAUGACCAAUCAUGCCGUUAGUAAUUCACACAACAGUUUGGUGUCUGGGAGAGAGAUGAAUCAAUCUGGCAUGAGAGCAUUGGUGCAUCAAAUGCCAGCCGGCUUUCGUGCUGCUAUGGCUGGGAUGUCUAGGAAGGAUAAUCUUUUACCGCCAGGAUCUAACCAAUGGAAUUCUCAGCAGCAGUUAUUGGGGGCUCAAGCUUGUAAUGCUCCUGAGUUAACCAAGUCUUUUCAAUCAUCUGGUGCUUUGGAAACCGCUUUUCCCCAACAGAAGGAUGAGCAAGAAGGUCCGAUAAGAGUUGAUGCAUUAAAUUCUCAAAAUACUGUAGGUGGGGAGGAGCUCCAAGCAGCAGAAAGACGACCUGUUACGAAGGCAGUUGGCCAAUCUCAGGAAGAAGAACCUUCUGCAAGGCAUCAAUCGGAUGCCUCUCCAUCAAAUUCUGCUGUCAGCCAAAAAGAUCUUGAAGCAUUUAAUCAUUUAGUUAAACCAAAUAAUAUUGCACAGAACAGCUAUUCCUUGCUGCAUCAAAUGCAAGCUAUGAAGAGCAUGAGUACAGACCCUAGCCAUCGGGAAUCAAAGAGAUUGAGGGGACAGGAUAGUGGUCUUGAUCCUCAACAGAUAAGACAGGGCCGACAGGUAGGAGAGCCUGGCACUGGUAAUAUGAAUAUUAUGGUUAGUGACCCGUCAAUGAGCCAGACCUCAGUUUCUGGCGUAGAUGCCAAGAUGUAUAACUUUUCGCCUCAGCCAGGCAAUAGGAAUACUUCUUUUCAGUUGCCACAUGGAACUGUUGCUUCCCAGGAUAUGCUCUCGUUUGGUCGUAGUGAUCCUCAAAAAUUUGCAACUGGAAAUGUUGCUUGUAGAAGUGAGCAUACUGGAAUAAGUCCACAGAUGGCCCCAUCCUGGUUUGAGCAGUAUGGAACCUUUAAAAAUGGGCAUUUGUUACCAGUGCAUAAUGUCCCUAGAGUUCCAAUCAUGAAGAAUGUGGAACAGCAGUUCAUCAGUGGGAAGUCUCCAAACAAUUUGGUUGUACAUAAUUCAGUCCAGUUGGAUAAUGCUGUCACUGUAAGUGAUCAGAUUGCUAAUACUUGCCAAACUGCAAAUGCUUAUACUCCUAAUGAGCAUGUCUCUUCUCUUAAUGCAUUGGUUCCCCGUGUCUCUACUCCAAAUUUGGUGUCUGUGAGGACCAAGAAGCGGAAGACUGUGACAUCUGAUCUGCUUUCAUGGAACAAAGAAAUAGGACAGAAUCUAAAGAGGCUUCAGAAUUUGAGUUCGGCAGAAGUAGAUUGGGCUCAAUCAUCAAACCGUUUAAUUGAAAAGAUUGACGAUGAAACUGAUAACUGUGAAGAUUUACUGCUGAUGAUUAGGCCAAAAAGAAGGCUAGUGUUAACCACACAGCUUAUGCAACAAGUGUUUAGACCCCCUUCAGCAGCAGUUCUCUCACUUGAUGCAAGUUCUAAUUAUGAAGUCAUUGUGUAUUCUCUUGCAAGAUCUGUAGUAGGUGACACAUGCAGCCUAACUUGUGGUGUGGAAAGUAAUUCGUCAGUUGAAAUUGAAAAUCCCCGAUCUGGGAAGGUGAAGCCCAAAGAGAGAAUUCGAGAUCAGUACUUUACAAAAGUUAUAGAAGAUUUUGCUACUAGGGCAAAGGAGCUGGAAAAUGAUUUAUCAAGAUUGGACAAGCGUGCAUCAAUUCUGGACUUCAGACUGGAUUGUCAGGAUCUAGAGAGAUUUUCAGUCAUUAAUCGUUUUGCUAGGUUCCAUGGCCGAGGUCAAGUUGACGGGGCUGAGACCUCAUUGUCCUCUGAUGCAAGUGCGACGGUUCAGAAACCGUGUCCACAGAGAUAUGUUUCUGCUCAUCCCAUGCCUAGGAAUGUCCCUGAGAGGGUACAAUGUCUUUCACUUUGAUCAUCAUUAAUUUAUUGAUUUUCCUCCCGAAUUGGGUCUAUUGUCUCCACCAAUCCCUAAAUUUCACUUAAAAGUUCUGUUUCCUCACAUAUGGCGUUAUGGCACUGUGCACCCAAAUUAGAACCACACACCGAUGAGGGCGGAGGACAUGGACAGUAAGAAUUCCUUAUUUACAGAACAGAGGCUGUUUUAUCUCUUCAAUCUAAGGCAAUUAUGUUAUUCUUGGAAAAAAAAAAAUUAGUCACUGUAAAUCUCCUGUGAAGUGGUAAAAGCUAAAGUUGCCCCCAUCUGUGUUUUUUGGGCAUACAGGGAGGAAAAAACCCACCCUGGUUGUUAGAAAGUGUUUUAAAAGUAGAUAGCCUAAGGUUAGCAAAUUUAUAUAUAUGCUUGUUCUGAUGCCUUUGGAGUAAAUUUCUCGGCCAGUUCAUGGUGGCUUCGAUAUUAAUCUUCAUUUGGCCUUUUAUUUUUUUUUAUUUCCCCCCUUUUUUUUUCUUUAUCAAUUUUUUUUCUUCUCAGUUAUGUAUGAUGGAUUAGAUUUGCGGAUGCUAAGAUUUUGUUGGUUGUAUAAAUUAAGCUGCAGUUGGGGUAAAAAGGCGCUAGGGUGGAAUUAGGCGGUGUUGGGGAAGUGUUAGGUCUGUAGAAAUGGCAGAUGAAGAUUUCUGACAUGUAUGUUGCCAUAUGUAAAGAACUUGAAGAUGAAUGAUUAAUGCUCAUUUUCAUGAGAUUUUCAACUCUGA